CUUUUUUUCUGAGAGGGGGUGGGUCGGCGACAGACGACAACGUGCAAUACACUUCCCAGCCUGCUUUGCGCCCUCAGCUGCCUUCAAUGAUGAAUCCCCGGCUACUUGCACUACAUCCCCCAGGCGGCUUUGCGGCCGAAGCGUCGCCACCUCCACCUCAGAAGCGCCGUCUUUCUAGCAGGGGUGCCGGGCCAAGAUGGCGGAUGGGGUGCUGAGCGCCGGCGUCAACCUGGAGGCCUUCGCCCAGGCUAUCGCCGCCAUUCAGGCGCUGCGGUCCAGCGUUACGCGUGUCUUCGACUGCCUCAAGGAUGGCAAGCGCCACAAGGAGGCCUUGGAGGGCCGCGAGAAGAGCUUCGUCUCCAGUUUCCAGGAGAGUCUCCACUCCGUCAGCCGAGACUUGGGUGAGCUGGAACGUCUAAGCAAUCUCGUAGGCAAGCCGUCAGAGAACCAUCCUCUGCACAAUAGCGGGUUGUUGAGUUUAGAUCCCGUGCAAGACAAAACGCCCCUCUACAGCCAACUGCUUCAGGCCUAUAAAUGGUCAAAUAAGACUCUGACUUUGGACUGGCCCUGGUUGCUGCCUUGGUUGCCCUCAUCUGUGUUAUUGCUGGGAAGUCUCUGGUCUCCUCAUGUACCCCCGUUACAUGUAAUGUUCCCAUUACAUGUGAACUUGGAAACUCCGGUUCCGCCCAAGCUUGUUGCUAUCCUACCAGUAGGGCUACUGGAGAAUGGGGUGGGCAGGUGGAAUGAUGCAGCCUCUUCUCGAUCCACAUGGUUCCUAACUCCUGCAAACCAAGACAGUCAGCAUCCCUUUUUUCAGACACAGCGGAUGUCCUCUUAUUACUGGUUGGCAAACACAAAGGAUAUUCUCAACAUGUCAAGAUGUUCUCAGCCCACCAACAGCAUUUCAGCACAAGAUCAGUAUUCCUCCAUUCUUUGGCCUCAUGAAGCACAUUAGGUAACUACUACACCAUGACUAUUUCUGGAACUCACCAUUCAGUUUAAUAGAAGGUGGGAACAUUAUGUGGCACUUCAGCCAAGUUGAAUUCCUCCAUCUUGAACUUGGGCAUCCAAAUUAUGGCACAAUACUUCAAUUACAUCUCACCAGUGUCUUGCACAGCUGUGCUAAAAACUUGAAAUGGGCAAGCUGAACAUAUCCAACAACUUCAUAUGCAAGGAAGCCGUUCAGGAAUGUGGUCCAGCCUUUUAACUUUGUGAAAGCUAAUAAAUUAUGCUGCUUAUAUUUAUCUAAAUACUGUUGCAAGUAAAUUCUCAGU